GUAAAGAAUUUUGCAGUAAUUUACUUAGUGGACAUUACAGAAGUGCCCGAUUUCAACAAGAUGUACGAGUUGUAUGACCCUUGUACAGUCAUGUUCUUUUUCAGGAACAAGCACAUCAUGAUUGAUCUUGGAACUGGUAAUAACAACAAGAUUAACUGGACCAUGGAAGACAAGCAGGAGAUGAUAGACAUUGUUGAGACCGUCUACAGGGGCGCCAGGAAAGGACGGGGUCUUGUGGUGUCUCCAAAAGACUACUCUACUAAAUACCGAUACUGAUCUCUGCUUCGAUAUUUAUUCAUUAUAUAUAUUUUUUUUCUUUAAAAGAUGUGCAUGGUUGGACUAGAUCUGUGCAUUCAGCAAAAACCUCAUCUAGACUGCUUGUAUCGUUUGAUUUUUCAACCCAUGUUUGAAUGUUUUACACUUGUGGUCAUUUGUCUUUUUAUACUUCUGUUUUCUUUAAAUGCCAGUUUAUAAUAAAUAAACGAUGAUUUCAUGA